AUGUUGCCGGGAGAAGAAGUCUUUGAAGAAACGACUGAGGAGGAAGAAGUUAACACCAGUACUGAGGAAGAUUCUGUAAAAGAGCAACGCAAGUAUAAGCCGUACUUUGUAUCUGACUACAACAGGAGGUACUCUGAGGACUCUGUCCUUGUUGAGUUUGUUGUCUUUGUCGAAUCAAAUGAUGAAAGAAGGCCAAUCGGCACGCGGGACAUGAUGUCUCUGUCCACACAUAUGAAGAGGUUCAAUAAAGGCAUUAAAUAUUUACAAUCUAUGAAUAAAUACGAAAUAGGCGUUCAUUUUGCCUGCCCCUGCCUACACACAAAAUGGAUAAUAAGACCUUACAAACUUUACAAGAAAUAG